GACAUGUGUCUUCUGUUUCUUUGCCGCACUGCCUGAAUUAGUUGCAUGUAUGAGUUCUAGACUGCAGAAGAAGCGAGGAUCAACACUGUAGAUGUGCUUAGAACGUCACAGCGGAAGCUUAGUAGAGAUUUGAUGUACGAUUUUACAGAGAAAAAAGCCCAGCCUCGCAUCUCAUUUCCCUCUACUAGAGGAUGUAAUAUAUGCUCUGGCUGUGAAGGCAUGUUUUCUCUCUGUGCUUAAGAGUAUUUGAAUUUCCUGAGUUUAACAGCUGAACUUCGGAGAAAUAUGCAGCUUUGGACUGAGCUCUGAUCCUCUCUGAAAGCUUAAUUAAAUGACACAGUAUUACAAGUUAAACUGAGCUUUACGUGAACUUGCCAAUCUCACAGUUGAAAAGAUCAAAGAGGAGUCAAGGAGAGUACAGCGAAAGAUACGGCUGAGUGACUUCUCACUUCUGGAUUUCUGUCUUCAAUAUCUCUAAUGGUACAUAAUGAGUUUCUAAACCUUUCACCGGAAUACAGAGCCACGUCACAAGACGAAGAGCCUGAAGAAGACCUCAGAAUGCUGUUUUACUUGCAGGGGUUUUGCUCUUAGUUCUGCACACCUUGAAUUACGACGAUGGCCUCAUCAUCUGUUGGACGCCGCUCAUAUAUUUUUUAGAAGCAUUAGACUGUACUUUAUAAUAACUACAACACCAGAGACGGAAGAAUGAAUGGGUUGGCAGAGACCUCAGUGAAAUGCGUACUGGUCGGAGACUGUGCAGUGGAAACUGCGCUUCUUGUACGAUUCACUUCUGAAACGUUCCCGGACAGCUACAGACCGACUGUGUACGAGAACACUGGCGUCGACGUUUUCAUGGAUGGAAUCCAGAUCAGCUUGGGAUUGUGGGAUACGGCAGGACAUGAUACGUUCCGCCAAAUCCGGCCCAUGUCCUAUCAGCAGGCCGACGUGGUUUUGCUGUGUUACUCUGUGGCGAAUCCAAAUUCGUUAAACAAUUUGCGGCAAAAAUGGAUCGCUGAAGUGAGGGAAUUUCUCCCGAAAGUACCUGUGCUGGUCGUCGCCACACAGACGGACCAUCGCGAAAUGGGCCCUUAUCGUGCUAACUGCACCACGGCCUCCGAGGGCAAGCAGGUGGCACAGGAGAUCCGUGCCAAGGGAUAUCUGGAAUGCUCUGCUCUCAGCAAUCGUGGCGUGCAACAGGUUUUCGAGUGUGCCGUUCGGACGGCUGUUAAUCGGGCACGAAGACGGAGGAGGAGACUGAUGGACCUUAACCCCUGUAAAAUCUCCUGAUGAUUUUAAGAGAGGGAUGGUGUUAAUUCUCAUCACUAAGACAGAAUUGUUUCUCUCACGAAACCAAGUAUUUGAAGCCUCAACAAAGACUUCUCAACACUGAUGUCUAAAAAUGGUUUACUUAACUGUUAUACUGUCUGCUAGUUCUGACUAUGUAUUAGACACGUUACAGACAUUGAUCAGGUAUUUAUUC